AGCUGUGUCCAGUUGUGGCUAAACUAUGGCUCAGCAGGAACACAGCAGCUAAAAUCUUUGAAAGGUUCUCAUCGCAGAUCCAUAAUCAAACCACCGCAGCCAGAACUUCUGCCUGUACAGCUGCUGUCACGGAGCAGACUUGAAUCUCACCCAUGGAGACAGGCAGGCAAACAGGUGUGUCUGCUGAGAUGUUCGCCAUGCCCCGAGAUCUGAAGGGCAGCAAGAAGGAUGGAAUCCCUGAGGACCUAGAUGGGAACUUGGAAGAACCGAGGGAUCAGGAAGGUGAGCUCAGGAGUGAGGAUGUCAUGGACCUCCCAGAAGGUGACAAUGAGGCCUCAGCCUCAGCUCCUCCUGCAGUCAAAAGACGGAAAACACAUACGAAAGGCAAGAAGGAGAGGAAGCCCACCGUGGAUGCAGAGGAGGCUCAGAGGAUGACAACCCUGCUGUCUGCCAUGUCUGAGGAGCAGCUGUCCCGCUACGAAAUGUGUCGCCGUUCAGCUUUCCCGAGAGCACGCAUUGCGGGUCUGAUGCGGGCUAUCAUUGGCAGUUCGGUGUCUGAGAACGCGGCCAUUGCCAUGGCUGGAAUAGCCAAGGUCUUUGUUGGAGAGGUGGUGGAAGAGGCCCUGGACGUGUGUGAGAUGUGGGGAGAGACGCCCCCGCUGCAGCCCAAGCAUUUAAGGGAGGCCGUUCGCAGGUUAAAGCCCAAGGGCCUCUUCCCCAACAGUAACUGCAAAAAAAUCAUGUUCUAGGCCCAAGGCCAGACGGAGGGGUCUGUUUGUGCAGGAAUAAGUACCGCAUUCAUCUUCCAAUGACAGGACUGCCUUUGCUGGAGCUUCUGCAUCUCAGUCCCACCUGGAUUUACCCACCAUCUUAGUGUCUUAAAAUGUGAAGUUGCCCUUACCUGGAUGAAGACAGCAGAUUGUUUCAUAGGAGCCUUGGGUAAAUGUUUGGGCCUCCAAGGGCAUAUUCAGGCAUUUUUCUAUAUCUUUCUAGUUGGAAGAAUAAAGGUGCCUGGGCCUUGAGCAUCCUGUGGACAGGGAGCUGCAUUCAGAGAGGGAAGCCCUUUCCAGGAGAUUUGUAUGGAUUCAUGCUGAAGCCUGGUGUAGCUGUGUCUUAGCUUGUAUGCUUAUGUCUGGGUUUCAGUAAGUGAAGCCUCCAGAAAUGUUUCCCAAUUGUUGUCCUUCUCUGAUUUUCAAUGCUCAUAUGUAUUUUUGUGAGUCAUCACAAAAACAGUUAAACUCUUUUCCA